AUGACGCCCACCCCGCCUUCGACCAACUCUUCCACCGGGGGCCGCUCCCCUGAAGAGCAAUUUCGGGUUGUGAGGAAGAGGAAUCGCGUGCCUUUGAGCUGCUACCCGUGCAGGACAAGAAAGAAAUGCGACCGGAACCACCCGUGCAGCAACUGCACCAAGCGAGAGGGCAUGGACACGUCGUCAUGCUCAUAUGCCGCGCCAGCCACUCGGAAGAAGAGCCAGAACCAGGUCGACGCCACUCCCGACGACAUGCAGAACAGGAUCGAUCGGUUAGAAGGCCUUGUCCUGUCCCUGAUGCAUGGCGGGGCUAAUGUAGACCCUGCUUCAGCCGCUGCGGCUGGCCGUGCUGCCUCCACGUCGCAGUCGUUGACCGACAGCGGCUCCUCCGCCAAAGCCGGCCGCGGCGAGGGCGUGGCAAUGGCCGAAGACGACAGCGACUCGGAAGAUGGACUCGCGGCUUCACUGGGCGUCUUGAAGGUUGACCCCGACAAGGGCAAGUCGAUGUAUAUCGGCCAGGAGCAUUGGCAUACGCUGCUAGCGGACAUUGCCGAGGAGUUGGAGACAAGUUACGAGCGCGUCAGACUGUCCAAGCCAAUGGCUGCCCGCGAAGGCCCGACGCUGCUGCUUGGCGCCCUGCCGGCAUCCGAGAUCGAGCUCCGCGCCGAACUGCCUCCCAAGUCGAGCAUCCUGACCUUGUGCAGCCGCUACUUCAACUCCAUGGACAACGCCGUUUGUAUAAUACACGGGCCGACCUUUUUCAAGCAGCUCAAGAGUCAUUGGGAGGAUCCAUCAAAAACGCCAAUCAUGUGGCUAGGGCUGCUAUAUUCCGUGCUUACCCUUGCGAUGCUGAGUUACCACAAAGUUGGCGAUGAGCCUCCUGAGUGGAGGGGCCGGACCCUGGAGCUGGCAUCGCAAUACCGGCUGAGGACGGUGCAGUGUCUGAUCAAGGCAGACUAUACGAAGCCGGUGGAAUACACCGUCGAGGCCAUGCUUCUCUACGUCUUUGGAGAGUACUCCUCUCGGUGGGACGCCGACCUUGGGCUGUGGUUGAUUGUCUCCGUCAUCACCAGGAUAGCCUUCCGCAUGGGAUACCAUCGAGACGCGAAAUGGUUUCCCAAUCUUACCCCGUUUCAAGCUGAGAUGAGAAGAAGAUCGUGGGCGCUUGUGCGCAUGUCCGAUGUCAUCUUUUCGCAUCAGGUCUCAUUGCCCAACAUGAUCUACGAGAACGACUGCGAUACUCAGCUCCCGAAUAACCUGUUUGACGACGAGUUCCACCCAGACAGCAAGGAAUUGCCGCCUUCCCGCCCUGCCUCGGAGCCGACACCAAUCUCGUACAUGAUUGCCAAAGUGAAGCUCUGUUCUGAGUUGGGGAACAUCAUGCAAGCGACAACCAUGGUGGGCAAGACUGUCCCCUAUGACGAGAUUAUCCGCUUCGAUGCAAAGCUCCGCCAGGUGAUGCAGGAACUCCCUCCUCACCUCCGACUCGGCGCAUUGGAAGCGUCCCAAGACCCCGUGACAUUGAUAAUUGCCAGGUACAACGUUGAUAUUCUGUAUCAGAAGAUCCUCUGCCUGCUGCAUCGGAAAUACCUCGCAAAGGCUCGGCACAACCCGAGAUAUGCCUUUUCACGGCGCAGUGCCAUCGAGGCCUCGCUGCAAGCGCUGGACCACCUAGCCAAGCUGCAUCGCGAGUCUCAAGGCAAUGGCCGGCUGCGUUCUGUUUCAUGGUACAUCAAAUCGAUUGCCACAAAGGAGUUUACUCUACCGGCCAUGCUCAUUGUCCUGGAUCUUCACUACGACAACAUGGCGAGACAGGCAAACAAUCCUCCAGAAGAAGGCGUUUUCUUGUACACUCAAGAGCAACGCAACAAGAUGAUUGGUGCUCUCGAGACCGCCAAGGCGAUCUGGACUGAUCUUGCCAACACCUCCAUGGAAGCAUUCAAAGCCACCAAAAUCAUUGAGAUCAUGAUGGAGAAGAUCAAAGUCGCCCCUACAGAUACCAUGGAUUCAAACAGCGAUCCAUUGUCGAGUCGGACUGAUUCUUUGUCCGCCUCCAUCGUGGGGUCACAAAUCGAUCAAACACCCAUGUCGUUCCUCGGCUCUCCCCUGGGGAUACCCGGCGUUGGUGUUGGUGGCCAAGACCCAUUCAUGCAGAACAAUGCUUUCAUGGGCAUGGACUUUGGUCUUCGGGGUUCCAACGCAGCCGAUUUCCAGCAAUUCGAUGCUCUCAAUGCCGGGGGUCCCGCCUCUCCGCUGUCCAUGUUUACCAACCUGGGCGGCACUGGGGCAGGCGACCUGGCCAGCUUUGACUGGGGCGCAUUUGAAAACUAUACACAGAUGACGACUUGGGGAGCCGACCAGAGUUUCCAGAUUUACGGCAACACAGACCAGUCGUCGACAGACCAAGGGCUCGGCGAUGGCAUGUUGAAUGGGACUGGCAGCGGGCAGCAGUAA